GUUGGACUUGAUGGUUGAUCGAAAAAAUGACAUUUGACAGUAAACUGACGUAUCUCAAUAUCACAUUUAUAUCUUUUGGGAAAUAAGUGAAGAAAUUAGUUUGAAAAUACGAUUCCCAAAAUACGUAGUGUCAUUGCAGAAUUUUCCAAUAAUAUUCAUAAACUUUAUUUUAGGUAGUGUGCGUGUUCAAAAAAAUUUUGGUAGGAUAUAUUAACGUAAAAAGAAAUUUAGGUUUUAGUUAAAAAUAACUAGUCAUUCCAAUAAAACAUGGCUGACGAUGUUCCGGUAAAUAAAGGUAAUACUGAAGAAAAACCCCAAGAAGACAACAAAAGCGAGGAAAAUGCUUCUUCUAAUACGAUUACCAUACAUGUUAAAACCCCCAAAGAUAAGGAAACUUUUCAAGUAGAUCCAGAAUGUGGAGUUAAAGAAUUUAAAGAAUUAAUACGAAAGAAGUUUCCGGUCGAACCUGAUCAACUUUGCCUAAUAUUCGCAGGAAAGAUUUUGAAGGACAAUGAAAGUCUAAGACAACAUAAUAUAAGAGAUGGACUCACGAUUCAUUUGGUCAUAAGAUCUGCCAGCAGGUCAAAUGCUAAUACCACCGAGACUACCUCGACUCGAAUACCAGAGGCAUCUUCUAACCCAUAUACAAGUUUUGGACGCCUAGGCAGUUUAGGUAAUUUUCCUGGAUUAGAUCAGUUAGGAUUAGGAUCAUCUGGAUUAGGAACUGGACUGGGAUCAAAUCUUGCCGAUUUGCAAUCUAGAAUGCAAAAUGAAAUUCUCCAGAAUCCUGAUAUGAUCAGAAACAUAUUAGAUAAUCCGGUAGUUCAAAGAAUAAUGAAUGAUCCUGAGAAUAUGAGAGCUCUAAUGACGAGAAAUCCUCAAAUGCAAGAGUUAAUGGAAAGAAAUCCAGAAAUCAGCCAUAUGCUAAACAAUCCUGAACUGCUGAGACAGACAAUGGAAUUGGCAAGAAAUCCUUCAAUGUUACAAGAAUUAAUGAGGACUCACGACAGGGCAAUAAGUAAUUUAGAAUCUAUACCUGGUGGUUACAAUGCUUUGCAAAGAAUGUAUCGUGAUAUACAGGAACCAAUGCUUUCAGCUACUGCAGAUCAAUUCCUUAGAAAUCCAUUUGCUGGUUUGGUUGAUAAUAGUUCUCCUAAUAAUCCCCAGCAAGGAAGGGAAAACACAGAGCCCUUGCCAAAUCCUUGGAAUCCUCAAAGAAGCAACACCAAUACAAAUACCUCCUCUACUCCUGCUCCCGGUGGUGUAUCACCCUCAAUGGCUAAUUUGUUACAAAAUUUGGGAAGUACUGGUGGUAUUCCAGGAUCUGGUACUACACCAAACCUUGAAAAUAUGUCACCAGUUGUAGAUAUGCUUCUCCAAGAUCCUAGUAUCAUGGAUUCCAUUGUAGGUAGUAGUCCUAUGUUCCAAGGAAAUCCAGAAAUGAGGGAACAAAUGAGAAUGAUGAUGCCACAGAUUUUACAGCAAAUGCAAAAUCCAGAAAUGAUGAAUAUGAUGUCAAAUCCUCAAACUCUGCAGGCUAUCAUGCAGAUUCAACAAGGUUUGGAUACACUUCGACAGACUGCUCCUAAUUUAAUACCUUCUAUGACUAAUAUUCCUGGAUCUGUGCCAUCUACUACUAGUACUACAGGAAUUACUACUUCUACUACAAGUCCUACUACUGGAACAACAGGAACAACACCAACUACUACUACUACCACACCUUCUGCUCCUAAUCAACAACAAGCUAAUGCAUUUUCAGAGCUGAUGGCUCGUAUGGUAGCUGGCAUGGGAGGGGGCGGAGGUGGAGGAACACAAGAAACUGCGCUCCCGCCUGAACAGCGUUACCAGACACAACUCGAACAGCUAGCAGCUAUGGGGUUCGUCAAUCGAGAAGCAAAUCUUCAGGCCUUGAUCGCCACACUUGGGGAUGUCAAUGCAGCAGUUGAAAGACUACUUGCAUUGGGACAGCUCUCUAUGAGCUAACCUUUUUGAGGGAAUGUUUCCAUAUUUUUUAUGUAUUCCUUUAUGUUUCGUUUGAUAGUUUAUUAUUGUUUUAAAAUUAUUUAAUUCAGUAGACAUAGAUGUUGCCUUGGUUUGUACCUUUUUCUACGCAGGUCAUUCCAAAAUUUAUCAAUUAGCCUAAUUAGGUCAGUUUGGUAAAAUUUAUUUUGUGGGUUUUGGAACUUCUUGUAAGAUUUGUUAUUGAGACUUUACAGGUUAUGGGACUUAUUCUUAAUCUGGAAAACAUAAUUUUUAGUUAAUUUAAAAAGAUACUUAUCAAGGCUACAGGAAUAUCAACAUUCUGAAAAACAAUGUUUUGUUUUUUGUUAUCAUUAGUAAUGUCAAAAUAAUGCUAAUCAAAUUAAAGUUUCACAUUGUCUAGUCAAGUAAAAUCUAUAAUGCAGCAAAAAUAAUAAUGUAUAAUUUUUAUCUAGGAAUCAGGUUUCUUAUGAAAUAUUUAGAUGAACCAACAGAAACCAUGCUUAUUUUUCAAGAAUGUUGAUUUUUUUGUUAUUGUAAUUCAUAAGAACUUUGAAUAAACAAAUUUCUGGUUUUAGCAUUAAAUAUGCACUAUAAAAUAGUUGACUUAUUUUACAAAUAAUGAUGAGUGUGUGGAGGUUAUCAAAAAUAUGGGGAAAUUAUUUUUGUGAUGACUCAUACUUUUUUUCAACUUAGAGAUGUUAAUAUUAUUUAAAAUAUUUUUGGUAAUUUAAAUAUAAAUUUUUUUGAUGACUCUCUCACAGUCACAAUAAAAAUCUUUUACCUCAUUUCAGGAAAAGUACUAAUCUUAAGUGUUUCGAAAUCUUAUAUAAAGCCGUAUAUUUAUAUCAGUGUGUUUUUAUUAAAACAGAACAAUAGGACUUGUUGCAUUCCAUUAUAAUCAAUGAAAUCCAAAUUAUUAGGUGUUAAGUGUAAUAUAAUAGAUGUUUUUUUCAAAUAAUUUUCUUUUAAAUCAUGUAACAAGUCUCUUAUUUAUUUGAUUUUGAAAUAAAAAAAUUUUGACUGAAUGUUUCAAAAUUUAAAAUAUAUUAGUUCGCAUAAAAAAGAGGACAAGUAUAAAAGUUUAAAUAUAUGCUUAUUGCUACAAUGUGGCGAAUGUGGUGCCCCCUAUAAAAUAGAUCUAUGAAAUUAUGUUUCAGAUCCAAAAACCACCAAUUUUAAAUUUCAAAAACGUUAUCAUGAAAAAUAGAUUUUAAAAUUUCACCUUUUACACACUGUAUUUGUCUAAUUAUCAAUAUUUUAUUACCGCAAUUUGGCUCAAAUUGUCAUAUUUUGAAUACUUCUAUAAAUUAUUUAAGGUCUGGCCGUAUAUACACAUAAUUGUAUUUACAGUUUUGUUUAUAGUUUGAAAUGGCAGGGUGUAGUAACACCAGAAAUUAUAAAGACCUAUCAAAAUACUUCUAGAUAUGGCAUCUUCGAUCCUCCUUCCCCCAUUUGUCUUUUCGUCAUCAUUCCUUUCCUACUUUACUUAUCCACUAUUUUUCCUGAACCCCUUGGUGUCCUCAAAAUAUGUCCUAACCAUUGUAUUAUUUGCACUAAUUUCGUAUAUUUGUUCUCACAAAGCCCAUCAUUUUUUUUACUUCCAAAUAUUUUCUAAGGACUUUCCCAUGUUUCUAGUUCUUUUGGCGAUACACGUGUAUUUUUAAGUUUCUCGUUAUAUUCUUGCUAUUGAAUAUCUCACUAAGAGCAUAAACAUCUAUUACAGCUUACAAGUCUAGUUUCUAUCCCUUCCUCAGAUCCUGUAUUUCUAAUCAUCAUUAUCCCCAAAUAUUUGAAAGUGGAUACUUCCUCAAAACUAUCUUUUUCCUACAUCUGUGUCCACUACGUUCUUGUUUCGAUCAUUCUUUUUUAUGUAUGUGAUCUUAUUGAGAUACAGCCUUUUCAAUGAUGUAUGUUCAGGAUCACCUAUAGGGGUUUAUGUAGUGUAAUCUUAAUAUAAUAGUGCCAGAUCAGUAUCAGAUCAGAAUUAUCUACAAUGCGAAGAUAAUUAAUUAACAGUCCAACCAUGCAAAUGUCAGCCAUAUCUGUUUAAAAAGUGUGAAUCUAGUCGUUUGGUCGACCCCAAUCGCCAGUGAGGGUGUAUUGGUAAAUCAGAUUUUUAAAUAAUUUCAUAGUUUUUCACUGCCCAUGCAGUUCGUACUGAGUAUAUUUGUAUCCUUGUUUAUCAGUAUGUAAAAGUAGAAAGUGAGAAUACACACUGCCUGUGCUGAAAAACGCUAUUACUAUGGUAGAAUUAAUCGGCAAAUGCACCCUGAAGCGUGUCUAUCUGGCAGCACCCAAAUGUGACGUUAUUAAAUAAUAAAUUUCUAUAGUAAUAAUAUAAUAAAAAAAUAUAUUAAGGGAUAGUUUGACCGUUUCUAUUUCAGUAUAGUAUUGUUUAAGUAAGUAUUGUUAAAUACGUCCAAUGAGCCGGGCUUCAGGUGUAAAACCGUCGAGUAGUAAACUUGAUUUUAAUUCAAUUCUGAAUGGAACUGAAUUUUGAAGUCGACUGAACAAUAGCUUCGUUCGCGGAAAUUAUCCUGAACUGAUUCAGAACUAUACUAAUUCAUACUUUGAGAGCAUGACCGGUUCAAUAUCAAUUCCAGGUACAGAACCAAUGGAAUUAGUUUUACCGUGAACGCAGAAUUAGAACAAGUUCAGUUUUACAAUUUUGGAAAUAUGAAAAUGAAUAAUUCCCAGUCGCCUUAAGAAACUAUGAAAAAUACAGCCUCAUAUCCCCAUAGUGAAAACAAACCAAAGAAAAAUGGUAAAGCUGAGAAUUAAAGAAAGAAAAAUGAGUGCAUCGGCCAGGAAUCCAAUCUGGAACCUCGGAUUUUAGCCUUCCAUACUUUUACCAAAUGAGCUAUACUUUGAUAUCCGAAUUCGUAAACUUGAAGACGAUCAGAUGUACACAAAUUCGCAUCCCAUCUCAAUUCCUUAAAUUUUUCUUAAAGCCACCCCUGUGACAUCAUGUAGAAAGUACGACAAUCUAAUUGUACUAGUACAGUAAAUCACAUAACAUUUUUUAAAAGUUUGUUGCAAAUCACGCAAAAUGAUUUCAAAGAAGCCAUAUUUUACAUGUUCAAACAUGGAGCUCUAACCUUGAGCUUGUAUCUUUGGCAUCACAGUAAAUAUAUACAAUAUCAGCAAUGAUGAAAUACGAUAUCAACAAUGAUCUGCCAUUCUCAUAGACUCGCAUUAUUAUGAAUGUGUUAACUAGGUAUUAUUAACUUCCUAAGGAUAUUUAGUGAAGGCAAAAGUAGAUCUUUGCACAUCUACUAACCGGUAGCAUUGUAAUAGAAAAGGGAAUAGAUUUUGGGGAGAAGAUUGUACACUGAGAAAAAUAAACGAGCUAAUAAAAUUCGGAUCACAGUCUUCUCGCUUUCCACCGCCGCCGGAUCGAUUGCAGCAAAGAAUUAUCAUCAAUAACGCAUUACAAAACAAAAUUGAGCUUUAUACAAAUAGAACGUAAUAUCAAUUUAACUUUCUAAACUUAAAGGUCGCGGCAACGAUGUUUUCCACCACUGCCACAGUGGCAGAAAACUUUCUUUUGUCAGACGCUGGAAUUUUUUGAUUCAUUUAUGAUUCUUCAGUCAUAAAAAAUUACUGUCCAAACAAGAGUACACCCAAUUAUGUAUUUAAGUUGACUAAUUUAAACACUGAAUUAAACAUUCGUCUUACUUUUAUUGUCACUGGACAUUUAAUACAUUUGAAUAUGGUUGCUGAUCAAACGGCGUCGUGCACAUAUGAAGGAUUCAAAAUCCAUGCUGCCAUCAUCAUUAUUAAGGCUUACAUAGUAUACAGUGCAAAAUAAAGAUGAGACGCUUAAUUAUGUGUGAGAUGCAUAAAGAGAGUGAUUGGUUUAACCACGCCCUUUCGAUGACAAUAAUGUAUUCUGUUUUUCUCCAUUCAACAGGAUUGUGUUUCUAUAUCGUUCUGCUGAAGUCAGGAGACAGAGUUAACGUAUAAGAUUAAGAAAGAUCUAAAUUUAAAAAUAAUAGAUAAAUAAUGAAAGAAAUAUUAAAAGACCAGCUAAUUUAUAUGUUACUAAAUAGAUAUUUUGAUCCUUGAACUGAUUUAAUGAGCAUAAGAAUGGGUUAAUCCGUUUAGUAUUAUUAAAAUCGAUGUACAUUCUAUUUAAGGAAGAGUUUAUCAAAAUGUUUGUUCUAAGAAUAGAGAGGUAAAAUGACUGCUAAUGUCUCCUAUUUAGUCGUGAUACAUGUAAAUUAAAUUGUUCUAGAAGCUCUGGACAAUCAAUUCAAUUGUUAAUUAAUUUAAAUAUAUAAAAACAAACAUGAAAUAUAUGUCCUGUGAUUCUCAAGAGAUGAACAUUGAACCGAUUUAACAAUAUAUUGUAGUUGAUAUCCUGCUGUUCAUAGGUUUUAUCUAAUUACAAUAUGCCAUGUACUUCAUGAAUAGAUUCGAUUUGAUCAAUGUAAAUAUUGUAUGCAAGUGACCAAUCAUAAGCAACGAAAUAGAAAAGUAUACUCUUGUGACAAAUCUUCAAAUAAUCAGGAUCUGUAAAAAAGAAGCAAGCAAUAUUUUCGAACUACACCUUCCAAUACAGAAUCAAUUUUUAUAUAGUCGACACCGCAGUGUGUCGAAGCGACUUGUAUUCAUUUAUGGGCCUUUCAGUGGUAGGACGACAUGGCUUCAGAUCCUAGAUUUGGCCUUGCAUGGUUCGCAUUUGAUGCAGUAAUUUAAUUUCUAUCCAGAUUAUAAAAAAAUAGUGCGUUACCAUUUCGAUAAUAGUGAGUUGAGUUUCUGUUUUUUCCUCACUUGAAAAUCAAAAUGGUACCAUCAAUCAUCUGUAAUUCGCCUCGGACGCCACAGCAAAUAAUAAUAGUAAUAUGCCUCUAUUCCCUACACAAGCUCAGUCGGUUUAAAGGGUUAAAAAUUCAUCCCUGAUGGGUUGAAUUAUAGGAAGAGAAUUAUUAUUAUCAGGACCUCCCAGUUCUAGUAAUUGAAAUUUAUUUAGAUAUUAUAUGGUUAUUAAGAAUCAUGCAUGGUUCAAAAAAUUUCUCAUAGUGUACACCUUUAUGUGUAUAUCCAGAUCAAGAAACCACUAGUUAUUCUACAAUUAUUUCAGUCCAUUCAAUGUUCAAAAGUUUGAAGUAAGUUAGCUAUCACAAUUAUGAUGUAACAAUCCCACGGACAUCGAAAAGAAAAGGAUCACUUGACUGGUUCAUCUGUGAUCAAAAUAGAUUGCAUACUGUACAGGUACAGCUAAGCUUUCAUUGACCAAUUUUUCUAAUUUUAUGAGGAUUUUUACACAAUAAAUUGGAUUUUUUACAGGCAGACCACGUACCUAUUUUAAUGUUUAGUUCAAAAAAGCAUGUAGAAUUUCUUUUAAAUACCUAAUUUUUAAUAAAUAAAUAAAUAAAUAUUGACAUUAAAGAUAAUUAUUUUCACAAUUCCUUUUCUUGGUACCUACAUGCCAAAUAUUUUAUUAGUAUUUAAUUGUGAUGUUUUUCGAAAUUUAAAGAUAACAUUUGUAAGUUGUUACAAAUAUUUUAUAUAAUACAUAUUUAUAUUAACUUUAUAUUAUUUACAUAAUCUUGUGUAUUUAAGAUGUUAUUUUUAAUCUAAAUUUUGAACUAAAUAAGGUAUUUCCUAGUUAUCCAAAGGAUAUAUAAAUAUCAGUUCUGAACAAAACUAUCAGAUUGAAUAUUACAAUUUUAAAUUAAAAAAUUACUGAAAUAAUCCCUGAAGAUUUGAAAAAAAAAGCCUGUCACAAGCUAGACAAGUGCCCUUUCUUCUAGAUCAUCACGACAUUGACUGUCGAAAUUCCUAGACAGUGAACAGACAAUGAACGUUAAGAGACGUAAACAUAUGAGUGUGAAAAUUAUGAGGUUAUGUAAAUCCCAAAUCAAAAUCCGAAAAGUCGUAGAAAUAUCUAAAAUAAGUGGCUAAAUAAUUUGAAAAUUCGGAAAUAAAUCCUCCUACGAUUUAUUAAGACCAUCACGGACCCUAAAGGUAAAUCCCAGACACCCAUGUAUUCCAGAUAUGUGCCGUUACCGUUAGACUAACAGCGAAAUUUUCUGUGCUAGUUCUAGCCAAAAGACGUUCAGGUUCUUUAUCAAAUCUGCAAAUACCUCCUGCGUUAAGUUUUCAAUGUAUGUUAAGAAAAUAAUGAAUUUAUUAUCGAAAACCGAAAAAUAGGUGGCUGAAAUAAUUUGGAAACAAAUCUUAACAAUCCCCAGCGACGUUAUUUUUUAAAUCUACACCUUUGGGGUCCGGGGAUGGUUUUAAUAUUCAUUAAAAAUAAUUAUCUAGAAGGGAUCAGCUCUAUCAUAACUUAUGAAAAAUAAUUAAAAAUUGAUAGCUGCGUGUUAUAACCCAUAGAAAAAUUUACGAUUUCAGCAUCUUAACGAAAAAAAAAAAUACUAUAUAUUGUUUUUUAUAAAUUUAUAAACAUACCUAAUAAGCUUUCCUGUGUUAAACUGCACCAGUUUCUUUGUAAGAUUCAUAUUUUCUAGCAAAGGCUUAUUUUAUAGUGUUAUGGCCCACUGUGUCCUCUUACAGUUAAUUAAAAUGGUAAUUAUUAAAAUCAUUUCGUGUCUUAAAUGUAUAGAACAUUCUAGAGACUGGAAAAGAAGCAACUUUUAAAUGUUAGUGUUAGCUGUUUUUUUUGGAAUGAUCAUUGUUUUUAUACAUGUUGUCUUUUCGAUGUUCAAAAACACAGGUGUGUUUGAAGCUUAACGACUAUGAGGCGUG